AUGACAGCCGAUGAGUACCUGCAAAGUAUCGACGAGACACCAAGGUUCGCGGCUAACGCGACGGAAGGGACUACUCCCAUCGAGCAUUACCUCAGACGUCUGGUCACCUACUUGGCUCGUUUGCAGUCUGUGGCUCAGAACUCUGAGAAUGGCCUUGCUUUGAAGGCGUACGUCCAUUUGGUCGACAUCGCCGACAUGGAUGAUGAAGCCGAACCUGACGAAGAGCGACAAGAAGACUAUGAUGAGGAUGAGGGCCAAGAUGAGAUUGCAGAGCGACGCCCGGUGCUUGUGCAAGAGCACCCGCGCAUCAUCGAUCCAGUUCUUGCUCAGGUUUCACGGGACGUCACCGACGAGGAGAUCUUGUCCUAUACUCGGGGCUUGAAUGUCACGAGCAAGUCUAUGCUCACAAUGCUCAAUCAGCCGCCAACAGGAUCUCAUGGCUACUUGUACACUGAUCCAGUGGCAGUGAUGAUGAUCACCGGUCUAUCGGCUACGACCACCACGACCAUUGAGUCGCUCGUCAACUACGACAUCCUGAUACCUGCAAGGUACACCCCGAAGUUGACCAAGCCGCACCUGGAUAAUCAACGUGGUCAACAUCCCACAGCCCUCCGUCACCUGCAACCUGGCGAGUACUUGGCCCCAGCGCAACUUGCUGUUCGAGAUCGACCUGUGACUGAAGAGGAACUUGACGCGGAGGGCUCCGUCUUUGGAGCACUAGCCUCGCAAACUUGGCAUGUUUCCAACCGGCGACACUUUGGACAGCCCAGCUGCUUCGCCUUCCGGUUUGAUCGGACGGAGGCAGGUGAGGAGAUUGACCUCUACCCUUGGGCAGGGGUCAACCAAUACUUUCUCUUCGCUGAUAGUGGUGGCUUGAAAGUCGGCGGGGGCAGAUCUGCUGCAAUCUGGAUCGAUGCGGACUUCCUGAAGGGAGCCUCGGGGGCCUGUGACACCUUCGGCACGGCGGCUCCACUCAGCAGCUCGGAGGAGUUCGUCGUGAUGGCCGAGCCCGAUGAUCCGCUCGUGAUUAAUGUCGUGGGUCGACACAAGGAGCGCGAAAAUCAGGAUCUCCAAGGUGAGUACCACAUGAUCGGCAUGGUGCACGGCCGUCCUGCUUAUCGCAAGCCUGGCACGAGGACGGUGAUUAGAUACUGGCCUGUCGCUGACCGCUGGCUGAUCGACAGGGAAGGUGUCCAGGAGUCUGAUAUUUGCAACGCCUAUGCAGAGCAGGGCGGUGCGAGGCACCCUGCAGUCGAGGAGCUCGUGUGGAGAGUUUGGGAGUCUCAGCAUCGGCAGCAUGUCCGUGACCCCGAGUUCCUGGUGACCGCUGCGCCCAACACCAUCCAAGUGCUUGGGCGUGCUGCUGGAAAGGAGAACUGGGCCUUGAACGGCGAGAGAAGUGGAUCCCAGUACUUAGCAGCCCGAGCAGAGCAACAGACGGAACAUGUGUUAGCAAAGCUGCCAAUGCAUCUGGGUUUGUCGGAUGGCUCCGCGCUGUCUUCAAUUGAGGUUUCCUCACCGUCGUAUUCCGGAGUUUCGACGUAUUCAGCCCCGAGCUUUGGAGAUGUCUGGGAGAGGUGUGAGACAAGCCCUCCACCAGCCUUGGCCCCACCGAACAUCGGGAGGGCCGAGAGGGGAACGCUUGACGCGCCGGUGGGGCCAGGGCUGCAUGCCGGUGUUCGCUUGCCUCCGCCUCGACCUGUGCGACCUGUGCUGUCCGAGACCGCCUUGGCAGCCAGGUCAGCCAUGACGGGAGCAAACCUUUCACCGGCUCUGCGCCCCGAAGCAGCUGACUCUGCAGACCAGGAGCUUUUCCUCGCUCACAGCGGUGUGAGCAGUGAGACGCACUCUUUUGUGGGCCUGCGCCAGCCCAUGGCCCAAUCGACCGUCCCUUCAGUCCCUCUUUCGCCACCAUGUCUUGCCAGACGUUGCCCACCGGUAUACCUCUGGGCGCCGUUUCCGGACAGCGAGCCAGACACAGGCUCCUUGCCGAGGCCGGAGAGCUUGGAAAGCGCAAGCUUGCUGGCUGAGGCGGCUGAGGCGGCUGAGCUGUGCAGAGGCUUGGACAAUUUCCAGGCCGGCAGCGCGAGCCCUGAGAAUUCUGAGAUGGCUCCCAGCCCUGAAACACUCAAAGAACGGCCCUCCGAUGCCGAGGCGGUCGUCGAAGUCGCCGAUUUGCCCGCAAAGUCCGGGAUGACAGUAAGCCUGGCUCCGGCACGGCGCCUGCGAGGCAUCCGGCUGAGAGAGCCAGAGACGUUCCAAGUCCACGCCCCUCCGCGUGAGGGCCCACGGACAGAGCCGCAGGCAGCGCAGGCAGAGCCAGAAAGGACCUGGCCGUCUACUGCUUGCGAGAGUGCCGCAGGGCCACUGGAUGCAUGGUGUACAUUCUUCGAGGAUGCAGUGCCCGUCGUGUCCAGAAGGAGCACAGUUAAUGGUAGCAAGACAAAGAGUUGGCGUGCUGCCCAAGUGGCUGCCCUGGCAGAAAGCCAGAAUUUACGCCCUCCAAGAGAGUGUGUGGAGGAUCUCGACUGGACACCGAGGUCAGAACUUCCGACGCAACAUGCCGACCAUGAGCAUGGAGAAUCUGUCCUGCCAACUUGUGACGGGGUGCAUGCUGCGCGGGAUACGAGCAGCGACAGCGACAGCGAUUACUGGACGAGCAGCGCGCAUCACAGGUUCGAAUCAGAGUUCGUGGAUUCUGUGCAGGAUCAAGACUCGGAGCAGCACGGAAGACGGGCCCACCACCACGGCCCGGGUUCUGUAAGUUCUGGCAAAGCCAGCGCAAGUCCCAGGCUGAAGCGCGUGUUGGACUUGCGGGGUCUCCUGUCGCCUGGCAGCCGAAGGCGCUCAGGGAGGCCUCGGGUCACACUAUCUCUGGAUGCGAGUGGUGGGCCGUCCUGGCUCGGGGAGUACAAGUUGAUUGGACUUCAUCAAGGCAAAGUUGCUUACCAGAAGGCAGGCAAGUUUAAGCAUGCCAUCCGAUACUGGAGAGUCGGAGACAGGUGGCUUAUUGACCUGGAAGGUCUCCGAGAUGUGGAUAUUUGCAAUGCGUAUGCAGAUGCGCAGAGCACCAGCUAUCCAGGUGAGAUCCGGCUUCAGUGGCACAUCUGGGAUUCAACCAGGCAGCGUCACACUUUAGAUAGUGGCUUAUGCACGUUGGUGACACCAUCCGUCAUCGAAGUGGUCGGUCGGGAGUCGCCAAAGGAAAACACAGCGAUGAACGGCAGCUACCACUUAGUCGGGCUACAUGCUGGCCAGCCGGCCUACAUGAAGACUGACGGCAGCGGUCACGCGAUCCGCUACUGGCCGCGAGAGGAGCGGUGGCUCAUAGAUCUAGAUGGCUUGCGAGAUACAGAGAUCUGCAAUGCUUAUGCGGAAGCAGGUGGAACAGGAGCGCAUAUGCAUCCUGGCCACCUGAAUCUGGUUUGGCACGUCUGGGAGACGAGCCGUGGGCGGCACCUCACGGAUCCGGCGGUGCGUUCGUUCGUUGCACCGCACUUCGUGAGAAUUUCUGGCCGGGACCCAUACAAGGAAAAUUCUACGAUCAACGGGGAUUACGAGCUCGUAAAGAUCGUGGAGGGCAAGCCAGCCUACAAGAAGGCGGAUGCUGACCACGUGAUUCGAUUUUGGCCGGCAGAGGAGCGAUGGAUCAUUGACCUCGAAGCUGGCUUUCAUGGCGGAGAUGUCGCAAACUCCUUCGCAGAUGCCAAAGGUGCAGAGAACCCUGGCAACAGCGAGUUGCUGUGGUAUGUGUGGGAAACGAGUCGGGGCCGCCACGUCCCAGACGAAGAUGUCAUAGCCGACGCUGUGUGGCUCCCUCCCGUGGAUUGGUCCAAAGUGCCUGGAGUGUCCGACUGA